AUGGCUCCCCGGCCCAGCGAAAUUGGGACUGGCCUCUCCGAAACCAAAACCCAAGAUGAAAUUUUCGCCACAGCUAGCACUGAGAAAAAGGAAGCUUCAGAAAUAGAUGAGCAUACGAAAGCUUUAGAGCAGGACUUGAACGUCACCGAAGAUGACCUCAUCGAAGCCAGGGAGCUCGCAGCUCAGAUGAGCACCGAGGAUGUCCGCAAGCUGAUGACCAACGUGCUCCGGAUUCACGAGCACGAUCCCAACUUCCCGCACAUCAUCAUCGAUCGGAUCCAGGCUUUCCUUGAGGACGAUGACGUCUUCGAAAACCCGGAGAAGCACGAGACGCUCAUCAUGGAGAUGAAGCUCGAGGCCGCCCUCAUCACUAACAACAGCCCCUACGCUGAGGUCCGCGCCGUCGUCGACAACAAGGACGAUCCGUCCACCCCAUGCUCGACUGUCCGCGCCUGGACCAUCGGCGUUCUGUUUUCCGUGUUCCUCGCGUUCAUAAACCAGCUCUUCAGCAUCCGCCUGCCAUCCAUCGUCAUCAGCGCCAACGUCGCGCAGUUGCUGGCCUUCCCGUUCGGCAAGGCUUGGGAGAAAUGGAUGCCUACCUGGGAGUUUAGGAUCCUGGGACAGACUCAUAAUCUCAACCCGGGGAGGUUUAAUAAGAAGGAGCACAUGCUGAUCGCUAUCAUGGCCAAUACUGCGCAAAGUCUUCCCUACACACAGUACAUCGUGUGGACACAGGUUCUGCCGCAGUAUUUUGACCAGCCAUACGCUCGAAGCUUUGCCUAUCAAAUACUGAUUGCAUUGUCAACCAACUUCAUAGGAUAUGGGUUGGCAGGGCUUACGCGACGUUUCAUUGUAUACCCAUCGUACUGUGUCUGGCCUCACUCUUUGGUGACCAUCGCACUCAACUCAGCACUUCACAAUGACACAAAUGUGACAGUGCCUGGGCCGUUCAAGAGGUUCUACAGCAUGAGCCGCUAUAAGUUCUUUUUAUGGGCUUUUGGAGCAAUGUUUAUCUACUUCUGGUUCCCCAACUACCUCUUUGAAGCUCUUACAUUCUUCAGCUGGAUGACAUGGAUUGCGCCUGACAACCACAAUCUCGGUAUUCUCACCGGCUUCAGAAAUGGCCUGGGACUCUUUAACCCGUUGCCAACCUUUGAUUGGAACGUCCUUCUUUUUGACGACGUUGAUCCCCUGAUGGUGCCCGCAUUUUCUACACUGAACAAAUGUCUCGGCAUGUUCCUCUGGGGACUCGUGGCACUCGGGAUCUAUUACUCCAACACAUGGAAUACCGGCUAUCUUCCCAUCAACUCCAACCGCGUGUUCGACCACUUUGGUCAGCUUUAUAACGUCAGUCGUGCCCUGGACGAGCGAGGACUGUAUGACCACGAGAAGUACAUGGACUACUCGGCUGCUUACCUCGGCGCUGCCAACACCAUGGUCUACUGUGCCUUUUUCGGCAUUUAUACCAGCACAAUCACUCAUGUCAUCUUGUUCCAUCGGUACGAAAUUAGCAUGGGCUUCAAGGGCUUCUGGGCUAGUAUCCGCCGGAAUAAGAAGACACAGGAGGGUGUUGAGAGCGGAGAGUACAAAGAUGUGCACAACCGUCUUAUGGCUGCUUAUCCAGAGGUGUCUGAGUGGUGGUACCUCGGAACCCUACUCAUUGCAGCAGGAUUCGGAUUCGCCGGCGUGGGAGGCUGGCCAACGUAUACCACACUAGGAGUUGUUCCAUAUGGAAUAGCUCUGGCUCUUGUGUUUGUAAUUCCCGUCGGAAUCAUCAAAUCUACGACUGGCAUUUCAGUGACACUCAACGUGCUGGCCGAAUUCAUUGGUGGCAUUUGGGUGCAAGGAAACGCGCUUGCCAUGAACUACUUCAAGUCCUUUGGCUAUGUGACCUGCGCCCAUGCAAUUUCCUUCGCCAAUGAUUUGAAAAUCGCACAUUACGUCAAGAUUCCUCCGAGACACACCUUCGUGGCGCAAAUGGUAGCGACCUUGAUAUCAACUUUCGUCUGUACGGGCGUCAUGAAUUUCCAGAUAAACAUUCCCAACGUCUGCUCCCCGACAAAUCCACCUAUGCGUUUCUUCUGCCCGGGCCCAAACACUUUCUUCACAGCCGCAGUUCUAUGGGGAACCAUCGGCCCCCUCAAAGUCUUCGGAGUAAAUGGCCAGUACGCAGCGACCCUUCUAGGUUUUCCCAUCGGCGUCGCCGUCGCCCUGGCUGUGUGGGUGAUGGUCAAGUACACGCGCAACCGCCGCCUCUCCCGCUUCGCGAGGCAGCUUCAUCCCGUGGCCCUGUUCUACGGCGGCGUCAACUUCGCGCCCUACUCCUUCUCGUACGCGUGGCCCGCCGUUCCCAUCGCCUGGCUCAGCUGGGUCUAUGUCCGCAAGAGGUACCUGGCCUUCUGGUCCAAGUACAACUUUGUGCUGUCCGCGGCCUUUAGCGCUGGCAUCGCCAUCUCGGGUAUUAUCAUGUUGUUUAGCGUGCAGUGGGCGGAGAUCGAAAUCCCGUGGUGGGGAAACAACGUGCCCUACGAGGGGUGUGAGGCGAGCGGUGGGCCGUGCCGCUUGCACGAGCUCGCGGAAGGGGAGAGAUUCUUUCCUUGGUGGGAUGGGACGAAGACGCCUGCUCCCUAG